GUUGUUUAGCAGUGACAGACAGGAAACAGCAGUAGAAUAUGCCUCUAGACCGGUAACCACUACAUUUUGAAGUCAUAGCCCACAGCUACAUAGUUUUUUAACGCCUAACAUGAGUCUUUAGAGUUAUUUCCUUUCUAACAAUGUCUGCCGAAGCCUGUAAAGAAACUGUGCAGCAGCACUCGGGAUUGCUCAAGUUCCUCUCCGCGCUGUUUUACGCCGGCUGCUCGUUUCUGAUCACCGUGGUGAACAAGACCGUGCUGACGAGCUUCAGGUUUCCGUCUUACUUAUGUCUCGGCAUCGGUCAGAUGGUCACCACGGUGGUCGUCCUGUAUGUGGCCAAAGCAAGCAAAACGGUGCAGUUUCAAGAUUUUGACAGAAGUAUUUUCGCAAAAAUUUUCCCUCUCCCUUUGCUGUAUGUCGGGAACCAUAUAACGGGCCUGGCGAGCACCAAAAAACUCAGUUUGCCCAUGUUCACAGUGUUGCGGAAAUUCACUAUAUUGAUGACAAUGAUGUUGGAGGUGUACAUACUAAGAAAAUCAUUUCCAAAGCGGCUAGUGUACAGCGUAAUGACGAUAGUCUUUGGCGCCAUCAUCGCUGCAAGCUCUGACCUGGCCUUCGACGCGGAGGGCUACACUUUCAUCCUGCUCAAUGAUGCCUUCACUGCUGCCAGCGGCGUGUACACCAAGAAGAAACUUAGCGACCAGAGCCUUGGGAAGUACGGCGUCUUAUUUUACAACGCACUACUCAUCGUCAUCCCCACUCUCUUGGCAAGUGCAUUUACUGGAGAUCUGCACAAGGCAGUCACAUUUGAAGACUGGAUGAAAGUCACUUUUGUUUUUUGUUUCCUUAUGUCCUGCUUAAUGGGGUUUGUCCUGAUGUACUCCAUAGUCCUGUGCAGCUACUACAACUCAGCGCUUACCACCACCGUAGUAGGGGCAAUAAAGAACGUUGCAGUAGCCUACGUCGGCAUCUUUGUGGGGGGAGACUACCUGUUCUCUUGGACUAACUUCCUAGGGCUCAGUAUUUGCAUGUCAGGGGGAUUGUUGUACUCGUAUCUCACCUUCAACAGCAACAGCAACUACAAGCCAACUGAGAGCAAAACAGAAGAAGCGCAAGAGCUGAAGAUUCACAUCGCAGACGACUCAACAGGGAAGCGCUCUGCCAUCUAGAAGAAGGACAAUAUCUUAGCAUUCACCACACGGUGACAUCGUUCUGCUCCAUAUUAGAGCGUUCAACUGCUUCGACACUCCUGUUUUUGUGGAUGUGAAGUCACCAUUAACUGAUUUCCUCGGAUAGUUAAUUGCACUUUUAUACCACGAAGGAAUCGACGAGACGGGCCCCCAAAAGUUCCGGGUCAGGUUCAGUGAAUGUUUAUUGAAGAGCAACAAUGACAUAACAGUGUGGACAGCCUGUCAGAGAAAUCUUUUUUUUGUUUUUUUUUGUUUUAAAAAUGUGUAAUAAAAUGUCUACCAAGCAA